AACGCGCUAGCCUUAGCUCCUGGACGAGAGGCAGGAUGCAGUAAUGCCUGCGUGCUGAGGAGUGAGGAAGCAACUAAGGGAGCCCGAUGACCAAUAGAGCAAGAGCCAUGCCGCGCCGGGGCCUAGUGGCCGGGCCAGACUUUGAGUAUUUCCAGCGUCGAUAUUUCACGCCGGCCGAGGUGGCCCAGCACAACCGGCCGGAAGACCUCUGGGUGUCUUACCUGGGAUACGUGUAUGACCUAACGCCGUUGGCACAGGCGUACAAGGGAGACCUGCUGCUGAAACCCAUCGUGGAAGUUGCGGGCCAGGACAUCAGCCAUUGGUUUGAUCCAAAGACCAAAGACAUCCGCAAGCACAUAGAUCCGCUGACCGGUACCCUGAGAUACCGCACCCCCCGGGGCCGCUUUCUGCACGUCCCGCCUCAGCUGCCCCGUUCGGACUGGGCCAAUGAUUUCGGGAUGCCCUGGUGGCAGGGGUCGCGUUACGAGGUGGGGCGACUGUCCGCCAAGACCCGGAACAUCCGCAUCAUUAACACGCUCACGUCGCAGGAGCACACACUGGAGGUGGGGACCCUGGAAUCAAUGUGGGAAAUCCUACACCGCUAUCUCCCCUAUAACACUCAUGCUGCCAGCUACACAUGGAAAUUUGAAGGGAAGAACCUGAACAUGGAUUAUACUCUGGAAGAGAAUGGGAUCCAGGAUGAGGAGGAAGAGUUUGACUCUCUCACUAUGGACAGUACACUCUACACACCGGCAAUACUGCUCUACUUCAAUGAUGACCUCACAGAGCUAUAGGAAAGGAGAUGUAUGCUCAUGUAGACUCAAGACAUAUUUUGAGUUUGGCUGUUUCUGUGCCCUGUAGGAAAAGAGGUGGGGAUGUGGGGGUGCUUGGAUCCAGAUCUCCAUUCCACUCUGGGAACUGGCCUGUGGUUCCUAUGCUCUCCUGAACUGUAAAGGUCCUACUCCCCAGGUCCAUUAUAAUUUACUCUGAAAAAGUUAGGGAGAAUGCUAGAAGUGAACUAAUUUUUAGGAAUGCUACAAGAUGAAGUAUCUUGGAUGAGGGAGAUGUAGGACAGGAUAGCUCAGGCAGAACUUCUUGAUAGUAAGAGAAAGAGAAGUCCUACACAGGGGUGAGGGAUGGAAGAACUUUUUUGGCAAUGAUGGACAUGGGAUGGCUGCAGGAAGAUGGGAUUUACAAAGACAGGAAUAGGAAAUGUCUAUCACCGGCCAUAUAAAAGUGGCUUAUCUCUGAAUAGUAUCUGGCAGGUGAAACCCAAGGGGAAGAAAGGAAGUGAAUGGUUACCAGGUAAUUCAGGCUAGAUAUUAUGCUAUGUGCUGUAUACACACUGUUUGAUAUGACUACCCCAUAAGAUGGAUACCAUAACUACUAUUUUACAGAUAGGUCUUUUGAAGCUUAGCAAGAUUUAAUAGCACAAAGGUAUACUAGAUAGUAACCAGGAUGCAAACCUAAGUCUGCCCAAUUCCAAAGUCCAUAUUCUUUUCAGCAUACAGGGACUAUCUCAAUGUCCUAGGCUCAUUGCACAAUGGGAAGCUGCAGGCCUAUUGUGUAGUCAGCCGUUUUUUUCCUGCAGUUAUUGCCUUUGGAAGGGAGUUAGCAGAGUUCAGCUGCACCAGAGGAGACAGGGAAGGCUAAGUGUCAGCUGACCAUUAGCUAUGGGGAUACUUCCUGGUUAAUCCCUAGCACAAAUUUUCUUCUGACUUUUUUGAGGCAAAGAGGUGGGUAUAUACUGACUCCAGGAAAAACUAGAGUGGGGAAACGGCCUUCGGAUCGGGACACUUUGGAUGGGGGAGCAAAAAGGAGGUAAAUGGCACAGUAUAUUCAUGAUAGGCCUGUGCCUCUUAGGGAAGGUAAGUGAGGCACAGUGGACUUUGCAAGAUGGUAACUCUGCAAGAGGGGGCGUGACAGGGGUCCUCCUUAGAGAGGAGCUCAGGAAGUCAGAAAACUGGUGACCAAAAGAGAACCACCAUCGGAGGCAGUACCCAGAUUUGGUCCCCUUUAACCUAAGCAGGCGUGGGGAAUGAGAAUAACAGGAGAAAUUCCUGACAGUAGCAGGCAAAAAAGAAUCAGGGAGAGGUUGGUGCAUCAUCCUGGCAGAGGGCACCAGGGCCCAGUGCAGGGCAAGGUGGCCCCUGUGAGACACUGGGUGAGCUGCAUAGGAGUUUUAUGAGGGGCUGACUAUGAAAGGCUUGGACAAAGGUGGAGACAUCUGUACUGGCUUCAGCAGUUAUCUGAACUCACUGUGAGACUGAGGGCUUCCACUCAGCCCUAUGUGCUCCAAGACUCUGUGAACUGUCUGAAUCAUUUUGAUGUUUAAUCAGUUCUGCAGUUGUUUCAUGUGUGUCUUGUCUGCUCAAUUAAACCCUAAAGUAUUUGAGAACCAAAGCUAUGCUGUUGCUUUAGCACCAGACUCAGGGCCUGUGCCUAUGGGAUCUGCCCAAACCCAUCCCUCUUGCAGAGGAUCCUACUUCAGUAUCUCUUGCCAGAAACAUCCCUUUCUUCACGCACCCAGACACUCUCCAAGUAGAUUCUAUCUCCUAAAUAUCUCUGGAACCCUUCUCUUCUCCAAGCUAUCAUCACCUCUUUUCUAGACUGCUGUGGAAACUUCCCAACCAGUCCUCCCAUUUCCACAUCUGUCCUCCACAGAGCAGAGUGAGCUCUGAAGAACAAACCUAAAGAUCUAACUUUCCUCAUUCAGAUUUUGCAGUGGCUUCCAGUUGCUUUGGGAAUAACGUCGUAAAUUCAAAGACUGUGCAGAAAUCACCCCCUGCCGACCUUGCGUAUCUCAUCUUGCAUCACUCCUCUUUGUUCCCUAUGUUCCAGCCACCCAGACUGGCUUUCAGUUCAUUAAAUGUCUUCUUGCCUCAGAGCUGUCACAUAGACUGUUCUCUCUGCUUGCAACACUCUUCCAUUUUCCACCUAGCUGAUUCUAAAUAUUUCUUCCUCAGGGAGACUUUCUCUGAUUUCUUGGUGCAGGUCAAGACUUUCUGUUAAAUCUUCUCUUAGCACCAUGCAUAUUUCAGAGCACUUCUUAUAAUUGUAAUGUUAAAAUUAUGGAUGUAAUUGGCUGGCUGGCUGCUAGAUUGUAAGCUCAUGAGGGCAGAGAUCAUGUCCAUCUUGUUCACUGCUGUAUUCCCAGCGUUGGGUAAACAGCUGCUGCUCAAUAAAUUUUGAUUGUAUGAACUCAAA